UGGUGUAUCCGGAAGAAACGGGUGUGCGGCGUGAACAUGGGAAAGCAAAAGAAAGCAAGGAAGUAUGCGACCAUGAAGCGAAUGCUUAGUCUCAGAGAUGAGAGGCUUAAAGAAAAGGAUAGAUUAAAACCUAAAAAGAAACCAAAGAAAGAUCCCAGUGCACUGAAGGAAAGAGAAGUCCCCCAACAUCCUUCCUGCUUAUUCUUCCAGUAUAAUACACAACUGGGACCACCUUAUCAUAUCCUAGUUGAUACCAACUUUAUCAAUUUUUCCAUUAAAGCCAAACUGGACUUAGUGCAGUCAAUGAUGGACUGUCUGUAUGCCAAGUGUAUUCCUUGUAUUACUGAUUGUGUAAUGGCCGAAAUUGAGAAAUUGGGGCAGAAGUAUCGAGUGGCUUUAAGGAUUGCAAAGGAUCCACGAUUUGAACGAUUACCAUGCACGCACAAAGGAACCUAUGCAGAUGACUGCUUAGUACAAAGAGUAACUCAGCACAAGUGUUACAUUGUGGCCACAGUUGACCGUGACCUUAAACGAAGAAUCCGGAAGAUCCCUGGAGUUCCUAUCAUGUACAUUUCUAACCAUAGAUACAACAUCGAGCGUAUGCCAGAUGAUUAUGGAGCUCCUCGGUUCUGAUUCUUAUAAGACAAAAGUUCCUCUACCUUCCUUCAACCAACUUUCUCAGUUGCCAGUUCAGUAAACAUGCUAUAGAAUAUAGCAUGAAUUAUUUGCUCUAUUGUGAGCUGAGUAUGGUUAAAUAUACUCACUUCUUGAUGCUUUCUGAAAAUGAUAUUUUGUCUCAUUUAAAAUUUGUUGCCUUUUUUUUAAUAAAUCAGAUGCUCCAAUCAUUAUUCACAUAAUUUGGUUUACUCAAAGUUUUAUAAGUUUAUACUCAAUAAGGUUGAUCCUGCCCUCACAACACUAAACGUUAUAUGGAAGAGAAAAACAUGCAAAUGAAUAAAAACAGUAAAAUAGCAGUGCUAAAGUAAAAGUAUUAGAAAAGUUGUGGGCACAUGGAGAAAGGAAGAAUUUCUUCUACUUGGUUGGAAUGGGAAGGGAAAGGCUAGAAGUGGUAAUGUUUGAGCUAAUCUUAAAAAAUGAAUAAGUGCUUAUGCAGUAAAUUAGGCAAAGAAGAUGAAGCACAGGAAGUAGAAUGAAUAUGGAGACGUGUAUGUAAUUGGCUUGUUUAAAACUUCCAGAAAAAUUUAAGACUAGAACAUAGGAAAUCAUGGGGGAAUAGGAGAUACACCCACAUAUGAGACCCAAGAAGCAGGAGGUGAAAGAGAGGGGGCCUUAUCACCAAAGGGUUUGGACUUGACCCUAAGGUCAAUAAGAUGUUCUUAAAUUGUUAAGCGGUAAAGUCAGGCACGGGGUGCAUUCCCGUAAUCCCAAGAACUUGGGAGGCU